AUGAGGAGGGCGGCGGCGGCGGAGGUUCCGCGCGCCAAGAGGCCGAAGCUGCGGGACGAGCCGGGCCGCCUCAGUGAAAAUGUCCUCUUUGGGAUGGGAAACCCCCUCCUCGACAUCUGUGCCGUGGUGGACAAGGACUUCCUCGACAAAUACGGGUUGAAACCAAAUGACCAGAUCUUGGCAGAGGAGAAACAUAAAAAGCUAUUUGAAGAACUUGUGGAAAAGUUCAAGGUAGAAUAUCAUGCUGGUGGGUCUACGCAGAAUUCCGUUAAAGUGGCCCAGUGGAUGAUCCAGUUCCCCUACAAAGCUGCGACCUUUUUUGGCUGCAUUGGAACCGAUAAAUUUGGGGAGAUCCUGAAAAGGAAAACGGAAGAGGCCCACGUGGACGCUCACUACUAUGAACAAAGCGAGGAACCGACGGGGACCUGCGCUGCCUGCAUCACCAGCGAUAACAGGUCUCUGGUUGCUAACUUGGCUGCUGCUAAUUGCUAUAAGAAGGAGAAACACCUCGAUGUGGAGAAGAACUGGAAGUUGGUGGAAAAAGCUAAAGUUUAUUAUAUUGCAGGUUUCUUCCUGACCGUGUCACCGGAAUCCAUAAUGAAAGUCGCAACUGAAGCCUCUGCAAACAACAAGAUCUUCAGUCUAAAUCUUUCUGCACCAUUCAUUAGUCAGUUCUACAAGGAACAACUGAUGGAGGUCAUGCCUUAUGUUGACAUCCUGUUUGGGAAUGAAACGGAAGCUGCCUCUUUUGCUCGAGAGCAAGGCUUUGAGACGGAGGACAUUGAAGAGAUAGCCCGAAAGACUCAGGGGCUGAAAAAAGCGAAUCCGAAAAGACAGCGGGUGGUGGUGUUUACCCAAGGGAAGGAUGACACUGUCAUGGCCACAGAAAAUGAAGUAAGAACUUUCCCAGUCUUAAUUAGCGACCAAAGCGAGAUAGUUGACACUAACGGAGCCGGAGAUGCCUUUGUAGGCGGCUUCCUGUCUCAGGUGGUCUACGAGCGGCCAUUGACGGAGUGCAUCCGGGCUGCACACUACGCUGCCAGUGUGAUCAUCCAGCGUUCCGGUUGCACCUUCCCGGAGAAGCCCGACUUCAAAUGAUACUGACACGCUGAGGGAUCCACAGGAGACGCUGCCUACUUCCUGUCCCGUCCCCCCACCCGGACCCUGCAUUGGCCUUUCUGUACUUCUGUUCAUUUGGACCCUGGACGCCUCUCUUGGAGGCCCUUCUCCCCCCAUCAUCAGAACAUCGGACUGACAGAUCAUCCAGGGUGCAGUUUCAGAUGCCCUGUGCAUCACACACACACACACACACACACCCCGAUUCUCAAGGGAAUGCCAAAAUCCUUCUGGUGUCCUGGCCAACGCUGCUCACUUCGGCCAGAAAAGAAUUCAGUUGGGAAGUAACUAAAAUAAUGGUACAAGUCUAAGGGUUGGGCCUUGAUCCCUGGUGUGAUUUACUGACCUUCCCAGCUGAAUCCUGGUUCUCUUGCAGUAAUCGGAAGUACAAUCAUGGUUUCCGGGGUGACCCAAGAUUGUUUGAGCUGGGGUAGGAAAUGGGGGGUAGGCUCCUCAAAUGAGAGGUAGGACUUUCAUUCUUCAUGCUAACUUGAAUUCCGGCUCGGGAAUCUCAUUUGCCCAGAGCGGGAACUGGAUGUUAUUAUAAGUAAAACCCAUAAUAGAUACGGGCCAACUUUGAAGCCGCAUCUCAGAAAGCAUAAAUGUAUUAUGUGCAAACGGGAGUACAGAAAACUCAUGCAGGCUGUUUCUUUGGGCCAUGCCAAAAUAUUUUAUUUCAACGCACAGUUUUAAGACAAUAAGGUAUGUCAAAUAAUGGAAACAUCUUUAUUUGUAUUACAGUAUUCAAGAAACACAUUCUCCAAAGUAAUUUACUAUGUAAUUUGAUACUGAUAAAUAAAGGAAUUGUGAUACAGGU